UUGUAUAUAAUGGUGUCUUCCGAUCACAUGGCCAAAUUUAACGGUCGGAGCAAAGCGGCCGCGUUUUUCUCCGACGGAAUUCUGUAUUCCGGCGUGGGUCUGGUGGCCUUUCUUGUCGUCUGUGCUGUUUGGUCUCUACUCAGCCCUGCUCCGCCGCCGCCGGGGUUUGCCGCUACUCCAUUUUCCGAUGUGGAGUCUAAUUUACAGAAAAAAGGUUCAGCCGCCGGCAGCGGCGGCGGAGGUGAGGCGGCACCGACGCCGUCGGUUACCUGCAAUUCCGAUUCGGGACCAGAUCGGCUGCACGAUCCGCCUGACCGGAAUUUCUACGACGAUCCGGGACUGUCGUACACCAUCGACUCGCCGGCGAUUAAAAAUUGGGACGAAAAGAGGAGACAGUGGCUGGAGCAGCACCCGUCGUUCCUCGCCGGAGCUGAGAAUCGAAUUUUAAUGGUGACCGGCUCUCAGGCGACGCCGUGCAAGAAUCCGAUCGGCGAUUAUCUCCUCCUGAAGCUCUUCAAGAACAAAGUCGAUUACUGCCGCCGCCACGGCAUCGACAUUUUCUACAACAACGUUCUCCUCCACCCCAAGAUGUUCUCUUUCUGGGCCAAAACCCCCGCCGUGAAGGCGGCGAUGCUCGCCCACCCGGAGGCGGAGUGGAUCUGGUGGGUCGACUCCGACGCCGCCAUAACCGACAUGGAUUUCAAGCUCCCAUUAGAUAGGUACAAGAAUCACAACAUGGUUGUCCAUGGAUGGCUCGAAUUGAUCUUCAAGAAGAAGAGCUGGACGAGCAUCAACGCCGGCGUCUUCCUCCUCCGCAACUGCCAAUGGUCCGUCGACCUAAUCGACCGGUGGGCCCAAAUGGGCCCACAGUCGCCGGAGUACGAUGAAUGGGGCAAAAUUCUGAGCUCAACUUUCCGGGACAAAAUCUUCCCGGAAUCCGACGACCAAUCAGGCCUAGCAUAUUUAAUUUUAAAAGAAAAUGAAAAAUGGGGGGCCAAAAUCUACGUGGAGGGGGAGUAUUACUUCGAGGGGUAUUGGAUGGACAUUGUAGGCACCCUCGACAACAUCACCGACCGGUACACGGCGGUGGAGAUGGGCACCGCCGCCUUGCGGCGGCGGCACGCCGAAAAGGUAUCAGAAGGGUACGCCCGGGAGUGGGAGGACCACCUCAAGGAGGCCGGCCAUGGCCGCGGGAGCUGGCGGCGGCCGUUCAUCACGCAUUUCACCGGCUGCCAGCCGUGCAGCGGCGCGCACAACGAGAUCUACUCCGGCCGGUCGUGCGUCGACGCAAUGCAGAGAGCUCUGCUGUUCGCCGACAAUCAGGUCCUCCGGUCGUAUGGAUUCGUGCACCCCGACACGAUCGAUCCGGCCGUCGUUCGUCCGCUGCCGUUCAAUCAUCCCGCCACGCAAAAUUAAGUGAUAAUCGAUGUAGUUUUGCAAGGUACUAAAUUUAAUCCGAGUUUAUAAAACGUGAGUACAUAUUAUGAUGUAUUAAAUUUAAACAUUUCAUUAGAAGGGCAGUUGAGUCGCCAUGAAUGUGAGUAAAUAGGAUCACAGGAAAGUAUGUCUGUAUGCAACAACCACAUUUAAAAAUUGGAUCUUUAUUUAUACCCACGUGACCAAAA